AUUUAAUUCAGCAAACUCUACCUAUUUUUGUCCAUGGUAUACAAUAUCUAAAAAAGAACAAGGCAAUUUAGAUCAAGAAUGGACAAUUGAAAAAAGAAUAGAAGCAUUAAAAAUAAAACCAAAUACAUAUCCUGAACACUAG